AUGGAUAACGUCAUAAAUGGGACACAAGUGCUAAUAUUUGUAUUUUCUGGCCUUACCAAUGACAGACGACUCAUCCCCUUCUUGUUCUCCUUCUUCUUACUCGUUUACAUUGUGUCCGUGGUGGGAAACACCGGCAUGAUAGCGAUUGUCCGAAAUUCCAGCAGACUCCACACUCCGAUGUACUUCUUCCUCAGCUACCUGUCCCUGGUGGACCUUUUCUAUUCCACCGUCAUAACCCCGAAAAUUCUCUCUGACCUCAUCUCCUUGAGGAGGACCAUUUCCUUAGAUGGUUGUGCUGUUCAGUUCUUCUUUUUUGCUGGUAUGGCGGGGACGGAGAUCUUCAUUCUCUCAGACAUGUCCUAUGACCGGUACGUCGCCAUCUGCAGCCCUCUUCGUUAUGCCUCCAUAAUGACCCCGAGGAGAUGUUUUUUCCUGGUUCUUCUGGCUUUCUUCAUUGGCUUCUUCCAAUCAACCUUACAGACCAGCUGUCUAUUUAGGCUCCGGUUCUGCCAUUCCAACUUGAUUGACCAUUUCUACUGUGACGCUCCCCCAUUGCUCAAGCUCUCCUGCUCCGAUACUUUUUACUGUAAUCUGGUUACUGUAUACAGUGUUGGGACUUGUACCGUUGGGUCCCUGUACGUCAUCCUCACCUCUUACCUGCUGAUUUUUAUAUCAAUUAUACAUAUGAAGACGGCCGAGGGGAAGCAGAAGGCGUUCAGUACCUGUUCUUCUCAUCUCAUAUGUACCGCCAUGUUCUACAUUACAGUAUUCUUCACCUAUCUACGCCCUCCUUCCGAGGUCUUUGAUAACCAAGACAAAGCGGCUUGUAUUGUCUACACCGUAAUUACACCAAUGUUGAAUCCAAUUGUUUAUAGCUUGAGGAACCAAGAGGUGAAACAGAUCAUUGUACAUAUGGUAUUGAACCCACUGAGGUCGAUAAAGUCCUAG